AUGCCCCGCGGCUUCCUGGUGAAGCGCAGCAAGAAGUCCACGCCCGUGUCCUACCGGGUCCGCGGCGGCGAGGACGGCGACCGCGCGCUGCUGCUGUCGCCGGGCUGCGGGGGCGCCCGCGCCGAGCCCCCGGCGCCCAGCCCCGGGCCGGGGCCGCUGCCGCCGCCGCCCGCCGAGCGCGCCCAUGCGGCGCUCGCUGCCGCGCUCGCCUGCGCGCCGUGCCCGCCGCCACCCCCGCCGGGCCCGCGGGCCACGCACUUCGGCAACCCCGAGGCCGCGCACCCCGCGCCGCUCUACAGCCCCACGCGGCCCGUGAGCCGCGAGCACGAGAAGCGCAAGUACUUCGAGCGCAGCUUCAACCUCGGCUCGCCGGUCUCGGCCGAGUCCUUCCCCACGCCCGCCGCGCUGCUCGGAGGCGGCGGGGGCGGCGCGAACGGCGCGGGCGGCGGCGGCACCUGCGGCGGCGACGCGCUGCUCUUCGCGCCCGCCGAGCUCAACCUGGGAACGGCGUUCUCGGCGGGCGCCGAGGCGGCCCGCGGCCCCGGCCCCCCGCUGCCCCCCGCCGCCGCCGCCCUCAGGCCCCCGGGCAAGCGGCCCGCGCCCCCCGCCGCCGCCGCCGCCGCCGAGCCGCCCGCCAAGGCAGCCAAGGCCCCAGGCGCCAAGAAGCCCAAGGCCAUCCGCAAGCUGCACUUCGAGGACGAGGUGACCACGUCGCCCGUGCUGGGCUUGAAGAUCAAAGAGGGCCCGGUGGAGGCGCCGCGGGGCCGGGCGGGGGGCGCGGCGCGGCCGCUGGGCGAGUUCAUCUGCCAGCUGUGCAAGGAGGAGUACGCCGACCCGUUCGCGCUGGCGCAGCACAAGUGCUCGCGCAUCGUGCGCGUGGAGUACCGCUGCCCCGAGUGCGCCAAGGUCUUCAGCUGCCCGGCCAACCUGGCCUCGCACCGCCGCUGGCACAAACCGCGGCCCGCGCCUGCCGCCGCCCGCGCGCCGGAGCCCGAAGCCGCGGCCAGGUCGGAGGCGCGGGAGACCCCCGGCGGCGGCAGCGACCGGGACACGCCGAGCCCCAGCGGCGUCUCCGAGUCCGGCUCCGAAGACGGGCUCUACGAGUGCCACCACUGCGCCAAGAAGUUCCGCCGCCAGGCCUAUCUGCGCAAGCACCUGCUGGCGCACCACCAGGCGCUGCAGGCCAAGGGCGCGCCGCAGGCGCCCCCGGCCGAGGACCUACUGGCCUUGUACCCCGCGCGCGACGAGAAGGCGCCCCAGGAAGCAGCCGGCGACGGCGAGGCGGCCGGCGUGCUGGGCCUGAGUGUGUCCGCCGAGUGCCACCUGUGCCCAGUGUGCGGGGAGACGUUCCCCAGCAAGGGCGCCCAGGAACGCCACCUGCGCCUGCUGCACGCCGCCCAGGUGUUCCCCUGCAAGUACUGCCCGGCCACCUUCUACAGCUCUCCGGGCCUGACGCGGCACAUCAACAAGUGCCACCCGUCCGAGAACAGACAGGUGAUUCUCCUCCAGGUGCCCGUGCGCCCGGCCUGCUAG